UGAUGCUGGAAAGCAUUGUGCUCCGUUUGGACUAUUCAGUAUAUUCAGUUUAUUCCUUUCGUUCAGCUGCUCAGAUAAGAUGCUGCUUAAAUCAUUAUUUCUGAUUUCUUUGUCCAUAACUUGUUCUUUGGCGGGUCUUUGUCAAGAUGUAUUUAAAAAUCCUUCCGAAGAUCGACCCUUCUUCAAAGUGCUUGAAUCAAACGGUGUGGAAAUUUACUUCCCGAAGCGAGAUCCAAAACAAGACAUGUUCGGCAUAAAAAUCUACAAAAACCAAGACCUCCGCAAGAAAGACCUUCAUUGUGACCUCUGCGUGAAUACCACCCAUGUCGAGAACGGUUGUUUCAAAAUCAAAAGCACCUUGCUAACUGUCGAACCACGAGAUGUACUAAAGUAUGUAACCUUGAGUAGCAUCAGCGGUAAACCCGACAUCACCGUUUCACCAGCAAACAAAGCCGAGUUCACCGAUUACGUAAUCCCGGCGUCGUGCGUCUGUACUAAUCCACCCGCGGGAUAUUGCGACAAGGCGUCGACCAAAAUCACCGAUUACCGGCCGCUGUUUGUGUUUCAGGAAUCGUCCGGAUUUGUCGCUUAUCUUCCGCGAGCCCCAUCGACCGCUGCGGUUGGCCUGCAGGCACUUAAAAAUGCUAAUUUCCGUCCAGGAGUUGCUGCUGCGGGGCAGCAGAAGCAAAAACUUGAUUUGGAUGCAGAAUCAAUCAAUGAGCGGAACGGGUGCUUUAUAUUGGAGUCGACAACCUUGCGGUUCGAACUGGGAGACCAUAUCAAUUUUGUUGUGACCGGCAAGAAAACUGGUGGCGAAAAAAUUCGCACCGAUCCGCGGAAGGUGUAUCUAAAAGACUAUUUUAUUCCAUCCGCUUGUUCAUGUCCGGAGAAUCAAUCAAACUUUGUUAAACCCCAGAAAUCGACAAGAAAUUGAACAAAGUAAGUUUAACACCCGAGAACGCUGUUAUGGAUUGUACAAUACAAUAAUCGCUUGCAAUACACAUAACAAACGUGCCUGCACGAAUAAUCCAGGACUGCUCACGUGCUAUAUGGGUUUAGCACCAUAAUGCAUACAUCAUACUCCAGUUUUAAUGUGAACAUCAUAUAACUAGCACUUAAAAAAGAGAAUAAAAAGCUAAUUUUACUGUACUACGUACAACAAG